AUGUUCGACCAUGGUUUUGAUCCAGGAUACAUCUUUCGACAUCCCGUGUUCUUAGUCACAUUCAUCAUUGCUAUUCCGUCUUGGAUCAUUGCUUUCGCAUCGCAGUGUGCCGCUGAAGCAAAGUACUCUUCUGGCGAUGGCAGGACGCCUGUCGUUAAUACACUUUGGUUUGCUAUAUGGGUACAGCUAGCUGUGAUAAUACAUCUAUUGUAG